UAUGCUGUGGAUCCGUCCCUGAAGCACAAUGCUUCUUCUUCUUGUGGAUUUGCUUGGUCUGGGUGAAUGGAUGGAACGAAUCUCUCUGUGGAGCAUGGAUAUGUGGGAGCAUAGGUGGAGAAGUAGCAAGAGGAAAUGAAGGCAGCUACGUGGGGAAACAUUUCCGCAUGGGAUUUAUGACAAUGCCUGCUCCUCAGGACAGAUUGCCACACCCCUGCUCCAGUGGCUUCACUGUCAGAUCYCAGUCUCUCCACUCCGUUGGAGGGACCGAUGAUGAAAGCAGCAGCUCUCGAAAGCAGCCGCCUCCAAAGCCGAAGMGAGACCCCAACACCAAACUGAGCACCUCAUCUGAAACAGUCAACACUGGAACAACAAGUAAAAGUGGGAAACUACCAGACAGGACUGAAGUGUCAGCCAAACCAAGACCUCACAGUGAUGAGUACACAAAGAAGAUUCCACCUCCUAAGCCGAAACGGAACCCAAACACUCAGCUAAGCACAUCCUUUGAUGAAACAUAUAUCAAAAAGCAUGGCCCUAUGAAGACAACACUCACUAGGGAUGCCUCGCUAUCGCAGGUCAGCAGUCCUGCUCCAGACACAGAGGAAGAAGAGCCUGUUUAUAUUGAAAUGGUUGGGAAUAUUCUCAGAGACUUCAAAAAAGAUGAGGAUGACCAAAGCGAAGCAGUCUAUGAGGAGAUGAAAUACCCUAUAUUUGAUGACGUAGGCCAAGAUUCAAAGUGUCAAUGUGAAUAUGACCAUCACACUUGUUCUUCUCAGUGUGCUACUCCCACAGUGCCUGACCUAGAUUUCACCAAGUCUUCAGUGCCAUCUACUCCCAAGGGCUUGCUUUGUGAUAUACCCCCGCCAUUUCCAAACCUGCUUUCUCACAGACCUCCACUGCUGGUCUUCCCACCAGCACCAGUGCAGUGCUCCCCGAAUUCUGACGAGUCUCCUCUCACUCCACUAGAGGUCACAAAGCUUCCCGUUUUAGAAAAUGUGUCUUACAUCAAACAGCAAGCUGGAGCUUCUCCAUCUUCCCUGCCUCCUCAUACCCCAGGCCAUCAAAAACUGGAGAAAGACCAGACAGUAUCUCAUGGAACUAGCACYCCUGGGCACACCUCCUCACCUCCUCAUCCUUCUACCUUGUACAGAACGCAGUCUCCACAUGGGUAUCCUAAAAGUCACUCUGCCUCACCUUCUCCCGUCAGUAUGGGUAGGUCUCUUACCCCCUUAAGCCUCAAAAGACCUCCACCUUAUGACUCUGUACAUUCAGGAAGUCUCUCAAGAAGCUCUCCAUCAGUGCCUCAUUCUACAGCCAGAAACACAUUGCAAGAAGGAGGAAAGAUGGUCAGUGUCUCAGUCAGCACCUACGGGUCAUCAUCUCAAAGCAGUUCCCGUUCUCGGACGCCCACCAGUCCUCUGGAGGAACUAACCAGCCUCUUCACCUCAGGACGAAGUCUCUUGAGGAAGUCCUCCAGUGGCAGAAGAUCUAAGGAACCUGCAGAAAAACCACUAGAUGAGCUGAAGAUCAGAAGUCACAGCACUGAACCACUACCAAAGCUGGAAAGCAAAGAGAGAGGCCAUCACGGGAGCAGGGAGCCAGGGAAAGCUCAGGAAUGGGAUGGAACGCCAGGCCCCCCUGUGGUGUCCAGCAGGCUGGGGAGAUCCUCUGUCAGCCCAACCAUGCUGGCUGGAAGCAACAGCUCAGAGUCUAAAGCAAGCUGCCGGUUAGGCCGGUCCGCGUCCACGUCAGGAGUGCCUCCUCCGUCUGUGGGGCCGCUCAGGCAGCCCGGUGACCUCCAGCCGAGCCAGGUGACAUGUAUGCAGUGGUUGCAAGGGGACCAUACGAUGCUGGACAUGAUUGAAAAAAAGCGCUGCCUCUGCAAAGAAAUCAAAGCUCGCCAGAAAUCAGAGAAAGGACUCUGCAAACAGGACAGCAUGCCUAUUUUGCCAAGUUGGAAAAAGAAUGCCGGGACCAAGAAAUACAGCCCUCCUCCUUAUUCCAAACAACAAACUGUUUUCUGGGACACUGCAAUUUGACAGGCCUGUGGAGGAUGCCCUCUGCACUGUGUUGCACCGAGCACAAGUAGCCUGCUUUCUUAAUAAGGCAAAGGCUCUAACCUAAGACUUGCCUACAGGUGGUGAACUUCCAAGGAAAAAACACACUGAUACAGUGCUCACCUGUCAAUCAAGAGAGAGAUUUAAGUUUCCAACUGGAUUAAGGCAUACAUAUUUAUCCAGGAUUUUUUUGGAUCCAGAAGAUAUCAAAAUGUAAAUAUUUCGCCAAUAUAUUGAAAACGCCCAAACUAAUACACUGUUUAAAUAUAUAAAUAUAUAUAUAUAAAUUCAAAAAUUUAUGGAGAAUUUUACUAUAUAAUGUUACUGUUAUACUGUUUUAUUACCUAUUUUCUAUGUUCUAUUCUACUGUUCACCCCUGCCCCUGCUGCCACCAUUUUAUUUCUCUGACCUGCCUAGAUGUGGCCUCUGUACAAAAGCAUGUGGUUGUACGUGUUGUUGAAGAGGACAAUGUACAAAACAACUCGGUGCUAGGGCUGUAGAAGAUAAUUAGAGUCRUACUUGUUAGAUGUCCUUAGCGUUGGGGGGGAGGGAUGGACAAAGGAGAGAGUUCUGCUGGGAAACAGCAAACCUGCAAGCGCUGAAAAUACGAGUGCUCGAUGUGGGUGCCCAAGUUGCAUUUAAAAUAUUGUUCUGCAUCUGUUCUCCCGUAACAUUAAUCAGAUAAACUGCCCUUGGUUUUAUAUGAACCAGUUACUAAAAUGAUUUGGCCAAGGAACUAAAUUUUCUGCAGCAAAGCCUGCGACRGAAUCUCUUCCUUCGUGACGUUGCGUUGAUUAGCAGAGACCAUGGUUCACUGUGAUAAGCAUUGUACAGCCCCUGGCGGAGAGAGCCGGUCGCUCGGGGAGGAGGCCACUGCAGCCACCAUCCCUGUCCACAUUUACCGACGGUCCAGAAAAUAAAGGCGACAAAAUCUGUUUACAUGUUUAUUAUUUUUAAAUCCAGCAACACAUCCUUACUUACGCUGUGUCAGAUCUCCUCGUGUUGUUUCUGUGGGCUGGAAUUCAGACCCUUUGAAAGGCAGUUGGGAAAUCCCUCUCGAUUUCAUGCGGUUUUGAAGCAGAAGCCCACGUAACGUGUGCUCCCGGCAAUGCCGUUUCUUCUUCCUGGCUGCUUCUGGAAUUGGCUGGCAAUCCUGUAUURUAUUACACCCAUUUUAACAGAAUAUUAUGUCAUGACCAAAGAAUUAUGACCUCCUGGUUUUAACRGGAGAAAGAGAUGGCUUAUGCCGAUUAUGAGGGUGAAAUCUGUGCGGUGAAGUAUCUUCCAAAAGGAUCUGUUGAGAAUGAGGGAAACUUGUACUGCAGUGGAGUAGGGGGGAAAAAAAAGAUCUAUGGCAUAUAUUUUGUAUAUUAAAAUUUCUAUCUGUGUUUGAAGUUUGGUAGUACAAAAUUCCCUCUUUAAAGCAAUCAUUUUGAUGUUAUAUUUGCCAAGAAGAAAAGGUGUGUUGUUUGAAACUUCAUGUUGUAUUGGCUUUUCUUUGAAAUUAUAUUGACAGCAUUGCCACAGCUGUAAUUGCUGAUCAAAAAAGACCAAAAAUAACAAAUUUUAGAAGGUUUUUGUAAUCUAUAUUGCUAAAGUUUGAGUUUCAGUAAUGCUUUAUCAGUAGUAGUUUCUUUUCAGCCUCUGAAAUAAAGUUUUUAAAUAUUUUAUAACUAAUUAACUAAUGUAUAUUUUGAUGUCCAAACUGAGAUUUCUGUAAAAGAUGAAGUGUGUGUUUAUAUGUGUGUAUGUAGAUUAGCAUUAUUGCAUAUGUAUAUAUGCAUAUGUGUACACACAUAUACAUGUAUAUAUGCAUGUAUCUAUAUAUACCCAUAGAUGUGUGCAUACGUAUAUAUCUGCAUACGUUAAAUAUUGGUGUGUCAUGAGUAUACAGUGGCUGGAAUAGGUACAGAAUCGAAAUGCAGGUUUGAAGACCCCCUCACAGCCAAAAUGACAGAAGACAUGGAAAAACCCAGAGGCUGUGUGGGAAUCUUUGAAUACAUGUUACAUCCAAAAGACACCAACUGUAUAUUCUGCUUAUUCUCUUUUUUUUAAAGAAAGAAAAUGGCAGAAGAAAAACUCCAGAGAUCUCGCAAAGUUCCAGAAUUUGCUGGAAAGAAGACAACUUGUUGGUCAUGAGAAAUCUGUUGAGAUAACAGGUUCAUUAUUCAGCAAGUGUUCAUGCUUUGUCUUCCUUGUAAUGUGGCAAGAGAAGAAUUUUCCAUAUCCAUGUGUGAAAUACUUAGCUCAGCCCUUUCCCCCAACUGCACCAAGUCCCUGGUGACAAAACGCAAGGCGGCGUUCAGUCAGUUGUGACACUCGCUGCCCUCCCUGGUUCCCUCCCGGAGCAGUUCUGUCAAAGCCGCGCUGGCAGUGCAGACCCUGGGCACACCCCUGGGGSAAGGCAGGUGUCAGUGUGAACAGUUCCGUGUUUGGUGGUGUUUGUUCAUAUCGUGUCCUUUCCAUAUCCAGGUGUAAUAGGAAAAAUGAUCAGGGAAUUGAAGCAUUCUUGUCCUAAGCAGACUUGCUUGUACACUUAGCCCACCGCAAACUCCUUGUUUUGCUUUUAUUGAUCAACACUGUUUAUGUUGUCCUUCCUAAAUAACUGCCCACGUGCUUCCAGAGCUCCAUUGUAUCCCAUGGAAACAAUGGCUUUUUGUUUUAAAGUGCGACAACAUGAAAAUUAAAAUAUAACUUAGCACUUACCUUCAAAGCACUUUAGAAAGGUGAAGUAAACCUCAUGCUUGCGAGAGCUGUUUUACUGAGGAGGGACGUGAGGCUCAGGUGGAGGAGUUCCCAAAGGUCAGGGACAGAGCCAGAACAGGACACAGCCACUGCCCUGUCCCGUGACUGCUGGCCCACCCCAUGGCUCGAGUAAAAGGCACAUCGUCCUGCGAGAGCUGCCAUCACAAUGCUGUCAAACAUUCCUGCAUCUCCUCUUGUCUCAGCAGCUUCGUGUCACAGGGUGAAUGGCAGUGCUUAGUUACACACGCUCAUUAAAGCUGUAGUCUGUAUAAAUAUGCAAUCUGUAUAUACAUACAGAUCACAUAUAUACACACACUUAUGGAGACUGUAUAUAUGAAAUUGUUUGGUAUGCACUUAUUUUGCUUUAAACUCCUGAAGUUAAACAUUAUAGUGUAGCAAUUUGUGUAAGGUGCACUGUGAUUUCAAGAAAGCACAGUAAAGUCACAGGUCUUGUUAUUCUUGCACUAAAAAUGUGUUUACGUAUAUUAGCCAAUGUAUGUCUACUUUAUCGCUCCUUUUGACAGAUUAAAGCAAAUGGUAUAAAAUAGUAUGGGGUUUUUUGGUUUGGGUUGUUUAUUUUUAAGUGGACAAUGGCACUAUGUUUUUAAAUGACAGGGUUUUUAAAUAAAAUGAAAUCAUUCUGUGUUCAUUCCGAUGUAAUACAUUUACCAAUAUCUUGAAACUGAAUGUCAUGUUGCUUUUUUUUAUAUUUCAUUAGAAAUUGUCAGGUAUGUGCCUGARAUUGUGUAGGACUAAGGAGUAGCUAGAGGCUAACUGUAAUCAUAUAUUAUUAGCCGUUUCUAUAUACACAGUAUAAAUACAUAUUAAUUUUCUUUUCAUUUUUGUACUUGAUUUUUUUAGGUAAGAUGUAAUUAAAUGUACUUUGAUACUUCUGAGGUAAUAAGAUGUUGUUUGAAGAUCAAUUCUGCUUUCUUUAGUGCAUUGACAAUAUUUUACAAUAAUUUAGUGCUUAUUUAUUUGUGCUCCAGUGUAAUUAUAAUAAAAAGCAAUAGU